CGGAUGAGCCGUUGUAGUAACGAAUUUAUACGAUAGAAAGUUGCCAAUUUGGCUUUCAAAAUGGUCCGAGCCAAAGAGUAGCUGCUGAUCCAUGCAAUGCAUCUUGAAUACUUUCAAUAGGUAAUGGGAAAGAAUAGAUGUAACUUACUUAAACCAUGCUCCCACCAUGUCAUUUCAAGGCUUAAUACGCCUUCUGAACGCCACUUGAACCUUAUAUACCAAUACAUAAUGAAAGAACGUAUGUGUAUAAAUACCCAACUCUGGUUCCUGUGAUUUUAACAUGUUGGAUUUUAGUCAAGUACUAUCGACAUACCAAACCAUAACAUUUCCACGACUUGCAAAUCUUGGCAUCCUUUGCCAUUAUCGUAACCGAAGCUAUACAACCUAUAUUCUUUGGCUCCAAUGUCCCAACAAACAAAACUGUCCCCUCUUAAUAUUAAGAAACGUCGUGGAGCAGACCUCGCUGCAAGCAACGACGAAGAACCCAUCACAGAGAUUACUCAAUGGCUCCGAGAGCUGAUCGAAAAAAACAAGACCGGCCAACGAGUUAUGAGUCCGUUGACGGAAGAGAGAGCAAGACAGAUCGUCGAAAAUUUGGAGGGAAUUGGUGAAGAUCUCGAAACUGCCGACACGCCACUCGUGCGUGGAGUAAGGGGCGCCUUAUCAGGGUUCAAAGAUGAAAUGUGCCGUCGACUAGAAACGGACUGUAAAUACGCCAAGUGUCGAGAGAAGCUCGAAAAGUUAUCCAAGGACGGAUUCUUCUUAAGGUAUGGUGAUUAUUUCGCCAACGCGGUAGGAGACUUGAGGAAGGCAGCGCUAGAAGUCUCAAAAGAGGCCAAGAAAACCCGGAAAAAGGCAAUGAGGGAAAAUGGGAAAGCACCGACCCAUCUAGACUCCGAGGCCCAUGCCAUGCGAGAAUUUCUUACACAAACAUGGAGUCAAAUCGACGAAAUCCUUACGUUGGAGGGACGAAAACUGAAGUCCCCUGGAAAGCCGCCUGCCCCAAUGACCGACCUCAUCAAGAUGCUGGCUAAAUACGCCCAGAUACCUAACUAUAAAGGAAUAAGAAUAGCCAUAUCUAUGUACGGGAAGCGAAAUGACUUGGUGCACAGGCACUUAGCUGUGUUGGCAAAGGAGGGAAAUUAUUUCGGGCUGGCUACAAGGCUAAGGGACGAUCUGAGAGCUUUAGUACUACAGAGGUUCAUCUCAUCGGAGGACAAAGAGAUAACCCGUGUAUCCAUCUUCAAGAUGAUAGAUCGAUAUUUCGAAGAAUUCAAACUGGAUGAGGACACUUACGAACUCAUGGACUAUCGACCAUGGCCAGUCGGACAGGAUAGAAAACCCAUCCGAAAAAGGGCAGAGAGGCCUGCACCGUCAACCCGACAGAAGGAGAGUCCUCGCUGUGGAUAGUCCACCUCGUCCACAUCAAAGGUGGGAGAAGAAGAGGAAGACG